GAUGCUGACUUAAAAGGUCAGUUAAAAGAGUUAAGUGCGAUGUCUCAUAAAGCUAGCAAAGAUGGGGAUGGUAAUGAGAUAUUUAAAUGCUUCCAUUGUGACAAGUGUUUUGAAAGAGCACAUAAACUUCGCGAACAUAUGAAGGUUCAUUCGGAUGGAAGGCCCAUUAAAAGCAAGGUAUGUAACAAACCCUCAAGCCAAGCAGGAAGCCUUCGCCGUCAGAAAAAAGCACAUACUAGUGAAAAGCGUUUUAAGUGUGAGGUUUGCAGCAAAUGUUUUACUGAAGCAGGAAGCCUUCGAAGGCAUCGCAGGAUACAUACUGGAGAAAAGCCUUUUAAGUGCAAGGUUUGUGGAAAGUGCUUUAUCGAAUCGGGAAAACUUCGAAAACAUGACAGGGUACAUACCGGAGAAAAACCUUUCCACUGCAAGGAUUGCGGAAAGUGCUUUAGCCGAGAAGAAAACCUCCGUCUACAUCUCAGGGUACACAGUGGAGUAAAGCCUUAUCAUUGCAACGUUUGCGACAAGUGCUUUAGCCAACCAGGAAGCCUUCGCCGUAACAACAGGGUACAUACUGGAGAAAAGCCUUUUCAGUGCAAGGUUUGCGACAAGCGCUUUAGCCAAGCAGAAAGCGUUCACCGUCAUAACAAAGUACACUUGAGCGGAGAGUUCAGCUGCUGGAUUUGUCAGGUGUUAUUCCGCGCUGAGGGCGCCCUACAUAAGCAUUACGAUGAUCAUAUGAAACAAGCUCCUCGUACCAUGAGCUAAGUUACAAAGACUAUUACGUUUUAGAGACAGAGUUUGGUGUUGUUCUCCUCUUAAGUACAGCAGGCUCUGAACUAUUCUGUUUGACUCUUUUAUCAUGACUAGUUUUUAUCAUGA